AUGAGGGUGAAGGACAAGAACCGGCCCAAAAGUCCCCUUUCCAGUUUUGCGUGUUUUGUUCAAGUGAUUCGGGAUAAGCAUCGCUCUCUUCAUCCCAAUGAAAAUGUGAUUUUUAACGAAUUUGCCAAGCGGUGUGCAGAGCGAUGGCGUGAAAUGCCUCCUGACAAACGAGUUCCCUUUGAAGAGAUGUCUCGCUUGGAUACAAAGCGUUACAACAGAGAGAUGGGGGAGUAUGUACAACAACAGCAGCUACAGCAGCAACAGCAACUUCCGCCCCAACCCAUGAUGCAUACGCAGCAACAACAAUCUCAACCAGGUGGGCAGCAGUCGACCUUUGAACAUCACCAUCACAUGCGGGGAACCAAAAGGCGGCGACUUAAGGACCCCUCAAUGCCCAAGCGCGCCCUCUCUGCUUUCUUCUUCUUCUGCGACCACUAUCGUUCUGAAGUCCGCAACACUCAUCCGGAUUGGCGGGUUAGCGAGGUCGCCAAAGAACUCGGGCGUCUAUGGGACGAAUGUCCGGAUAAGGCCCCCUAUGAACUGCAAGCGCAGAAGGAUAAGCAGCGCUACGAAGAAGAGAUGCGUCGGUACAAGGAGGGAACUUUUGUGACGACACCGAAGCGGCUGCGUGACAUCUCAGCCAUGUCCGGAGGUGGUGUUGUCGAAAGCGGAGCUGGUGAUGGCGGUGGAGGCAUUGGUGACAGCUCUGCCAACGUCAAUGUUGCCAAUUGCUUCGAGAUCGAAGGCAGUCGGGAGGUCGACGAGAUGGACGGUAAAGGUGGAGAGGACGACAUUGAUGAUGAGGAAGAUGUUGAUGAUUAUGAGGAGGAGGGAGAUGAGGAAGAAGAGGAAGAGGGAGAGGAAGAGGAAGAAGACGAUGAUGCGGAUGAAGGAGCGGACGAAGAGGCAGAUUAUGAAGAACUGGAGAAGGGGGCAAUAGAGAAGAUGGAGGAGGACGACAGUGCAGCCCACCCAACUGCACAAAACGAAGGUGUGGAGGCGGGGAGUGGAGAGGAAGUCGGGACGACGCCGACAUCAAACCACCAUCACAACCAGCGUCAGGCGCCGAACGCCUUCUCAGUUGCCUAUGUAGUCAGCGAUAGUGCUCAUAAAGGCGAAUCUGGUGUCGUUGAUGAAGACGUAAGGGCGGAGGGAACUCAUGGCGCGACUGUCGAUGAAGAUGACGAUGACUAG